AUGUCCUCUAAAAAAUCACUUAGCCCUUACUCUCAGAUACUCUCCUCCUCGGCAGUUAAGCUGCUGCAAUCGCCCCCCACCAACUCUUUCUCUCUACAAUCAAAAAAAUAAAAAAUAAAAAAUAAAAAAAAAUAAAAAAUUCUCUCUCCUAAUUUCUUCAUUUAUUGACUGAUUCGCAUUCAUUUUCGUUCAUUCAUUCAUGUAUUUUCGCUGCUUGCUUCUGCAGAGCAGAGUAGUUCCUGGAAAAUUCUAGAGAGAGAAAGCUACAGAGAGAGAGAGAGAGAGAGAGAGAGAGAGAGCGAUGCCUCUGGUCAGGUUUCAGGUUAGGAAUGAGUACGGCCUAGGUCAGCCGGAGCUUUACAAAGAAGCCAACAAAGAAGAUCCUAAAGCUGUUCUCGAUGGUGUGGCCGUUGCUGGCCUCGUCGGGAUCUUGCGCCAAUUAGGCGAUCUCGCUGAGUUUGCGGCUGAGGUUUUCCAUGGUUUGCAGGAGCAAGUAAUGACUACAGCUUCAAGAAGCCAUAAACUGAUGGUUCGUGUACAGCACAUUGAAGCUGCACUUCCUCCCCUUGAGAAGGUUGUCCUGGCGCAAACAAGCCACAUACAUUUUGCUUACACAGCUGGUUCGGAGUGGCAUCCUUGUAUAAGAAACGAAAGAAAUCACUUCAUCUACAAUGACUUGCCUCACUUUAUUAUGGAUUCUUAUGAAGAAUGCUGUGAUCCUCCACGUUUACAUGUUCUAGACAAAUUUGAUACUGGUGGACCAGGAUCCUGUUUAAAGAGAUAUUCAGAUCCCACCUUCUUUAAAAGAGCAUCAGCUACCUCUGAUGAAGCAAAUGCUGAGAAAAUCCAAAGAGAUAAGAAGGCUCGAAGAAUCAAGAAAAAGAGAUCAUCAAAACAGAAUGGCGAGGUAUCUCGUGGUGCAUCAAUAUCCAAAGUUCAUAGUUGCAGCAUGCAGUUUAUUUCUCCUAUUGCUGAUGGACGAAGCUCUCCUUCUCAAACUGCCUCUACAGUUGACAUGACAUCAAAAUAUGAUCUGGGAGACCAUUCAAAUUCUUUUGAUUCAAGAACUGAGUCAGCAUACAUUGAAUGUGUUUUCCAUCCAAGUUCCUCAAAGCAAUCUGAUGAACAAGAAUCUCAGGAAAUUCCCUCUUCUAAAUUGGUGCAGCAUAAUGAUAAUCUUGAUUCAGUAUUACCUAAUGGUCAUAUGGGGUUUGUAGAGGAUAACUUUCCACAUAGUUCACUACAGGAGCAAGUUACCUCUAGUUCAUCUUGUGUUACCUGGGAUGAGAAGGCAGAAAUAGUGGAGCCCAAUGGGCAAGACAGUGGUGUAUAUGAAAAUGAAACUCCAGAUAUGCUUCUGUACGAUUCAAACAUAGAUGCACAAGGAGGUGUAGCUGGGAACAUUGGACUGGGUGAACAAAUGGAAGUCUGCCAUGAUGCUGGUGAAGAUAACAUUCUAGAAUCAAUCUCCAGCAGGAACCAGAUUGAAGAAAUUGAGAGUGAAACAGACAAUUACAUGGAUGCCCUUAACACAAUUGAAUCAGAAUCUGAAAAUGAUCUUGAUUGUCAUACGAAACGAGAGGUGGAGCAAUUUGCCUCCAUUGUUGACAGUGAAGGAAAUCAUGAAAUGCAUGAGCUUAGCAUGCACAUCAAGGACCAUAAGCCUCCAACAUUUGAAUCUCAGACUGCACCCUACAUUUCCUCUAACAAAGAAAUGACCUCAGAUCUACUGUACUCAGUUUCUUUAGAGAGUGUUGCCUGUGAGCAUGAGCUUAGCAUGCACUACCAGGACCAUAAACCUCCAACAUUUGAAUCGCAGACUGCAUCCUGCAUUUUUUCUAACAAAGAAGUGACCUCAAAUCAACUUAACUCGGUUUCUUCAGAGAGUCUUGCCUGUGAGAAUGAGCUUAGCAUGCACUACAAUGGCCAUAAACCUCCAACAUUUGAAUCUGAGAAUGCAACCUACAUUUCCUCAGAGAAAGAAAUGACCUCAGAGCAACUGAACCCAAUUUCUUCACAGAGUGUUUCCCAUGAGAAUGAGCUUAGCAUGCACUACAAUGACCAUAAACCUCCAACAUUUGAAUCUCAGAAUGCAACCUACAUUUCCUCAGAGAAAGAAAUGACCUCAGAGCAACUGAACCCAAUUUCUUCAGAGAGUCUUGCCUACGAGAAUGAGCUUAGCAUGCACUACAAUGGCCAUAAAUCUCCAACAUUUGAAUCUCAGAAUGCAACCUACAUUUCCUCAGAGAAAGAAAUGACCUCAGAGCAACUGAACCCAAUUUCUUCACAGAGUGUUUCCCAUGAGAAUGAGCUUAGCAUGCACUACAAUGGCCAUAAACCUCCAACAUUUGAAUCUCAGAAUGCAACCUACAUUUCCUCAGAGAAAGAAAUGACCUCAGAGCAACUGAACCCAAUUUCUUCACAGAGUGUUGCCUGUGAGAAUGAGCUUAGCAUGUCCUACAAGGACCAUGACCCUCCAACAUUUGAAUCUCAAACUACAACCUGCAUUUCGUCUGACAAAGAAAUGACCUCAGAUCUACUGAACUCAAUUUCUUCACAGAGUGUUGUCUGUGACGAGAUGCCUGUAUCUGACAUGUCCUUGAACAAAGAAAUUCCCUCUGAUCUGUCCAACUCAUUUAGCUUUGAAAAUCAGCCUCAUGAAUUGAGUCAGAAAGCUGGAGGAUCUUUGAAUUCUGACUGUUCCAUAGGCAGUGGUAGAACUGAUGACAUUUCUGAUGGUCUGAAACUGGAAUCUGUUACCAUUGAUAGUGUAAAAUUAGCAUCUCUUAUUGGUGAUCAAUCAAAAUUAGAAUCUGUGAUUGGUGAUCCAUCAAAAUUAGAAUCUGUGAUUGGUGAUCCAUCAUCCUCUGCAUCUGAAGCUACUGAUGAACGAGAUCCGUCAGGGGAUAAGACCAUAAGCAGUUCUUGUGAGUCUCAAGAAUCUUCUGCUGACAUAUCCAGCAAUCAUUCUGUGAAAAUCUGGACUAAUGGUUUCCUUUUAGGACUUGAGCCAUCAAAGCCUCCUGAUUUUGCCAUGUCAAGGGCUGUAACUGAGGAUUCUCUUAAUAGAAGUAUAGCCGAGGCAAUUGAUACUCACAUGCUUAAGGGCGAGGAGAAUAAAGGGAAAAUAAAUAGAUCAACUGAGAACGUCGUGAGCAACGAAAAGAAUGCCAGUUCUAUAUGUUCCACAUCAUGCCCAGAUGAUCAAGAAGAAGGUAUCUCCAUUAUGAAAACAUCUCAUGUUUUUUCUCCCACAUAUGUGGAUCCUGACAAUGGAGAUUUUGAUGAACCUCACAUGCAUAAUGGAUAUAGUCAUGUCAGUGAUAAGCGUGUAAAGGAACCUAGUGUACUUAAACCUGUAGCAGCUCUUCGAGUGGCCCAUGAUAUCAAUUCCACUUCUACCGAGGCCAAUAAGGAGAAUGACGAAACCUCAUCUUUGGUUUUUGGACUCAGCCGCAGGUUACUUUCAAAUGGUUUUGGUAGAAACAUUUCACAUGCCGGUGGUGAAAAAAGUAAACCUGCUAAUUCUUGGACCAGUGAAUCGGAGCAGAGAAGUGAGCACCAUAGGCUUCCUGAAAGAGCCUUCAAGGAGCAGUUUGGAUUUGGAUCUGCUUUAAAUUUACUUACUUCUUCACCACCACUUGAACAUAUGAAAAUCUCUUUCCAUCCUAUAGAUGACUUUGAAUCUUCCAAAUUAAAGCUGAAAUUUUCAGAUGGAAGUCAAAGCCAUGAAAGCACAAGAGACAUGUUUCCAUCAUUUCAAUUGAUUCCAGAGCCUGCUAUUCCUGUGGAUGACUUUGAUUCUGAUUCUGAUGAUGACACAUUCUGUAGAUCAUCUCCUUAUAUGUCCGAUGAUUGUCUUAGCCAUCAUUCUGACUCAAACUCUGAACAGUGGGAAUCUAGAGAAACUCCUGAUAGGAACGAUGAAAUUUAUGAUUCUUUAUGUGGGAUAUCAUCGACAGAAUGUAUUUCUAGCUCUAUGGAACUUGGUGGCAUCAAACAAGUGAACUCUGGUAAUGGUGUAGAAGCUUCUAUAUCUGAUCCUAUACUUGAUCUUCCAAAUUUUGAUGCUGUGAAACCUGCACUUCAGCGAGAAACAAAAAAUGAUUCUGAUUCAAAGAAUCACCUCCUUUUGAGUCCUGGGGUAACUCCAGCACCACCACCUCUACCUCCAGUGCAAUGGUGUGUUUUGAAACCUCAAAUGGAUUUGAGAGAAGGCAAACAAGAUAUUGCGUCUGAUGGUUUUGAUCAUGCAUUUGGAGCAAAAAUUUUAGGUCCUACUACCUUCCAGCAACCUAAGCUAGCCGCAGCAAAGCAAGAGCAAACUAACGAGGAGCCAUUUGCAGUUAAAGCAAAACUAAAGCAGCUCGAUAAGCAGAAAAAGGAAGCGAAUGAGGCUCUAAAUGGCAAGGAUAUAGAUGAGAGAGGAGAUUUCUUACAACAAAUUAGAGCAAAGUCUUUCAGUCUCAGACGCACAGUGACAGAAAAGUCAACAACUAUUACACCUGGACCAGCUGCCAAUGUCAAGGUCACUGCAAUUUUGGAGAAAGCAAAUGCCAUUCGCCAGGCUGUUGGGAGUGAUGAUGGUGAAGAUGAUGAUAAGUGGAGUGACACUUGAAAUUUCUGAAGGACUUGAUUGUUGGCUCGUUAAAAACAAUCCUCUUGUUGCUUGGAAGUUCACGAAGAUGGUGGAGGCUAUGUUCUAUAUGUGAAUAAUUCAAGUUUCUUUGUAAAUUAAGUAUAGGGCUAAUCUUUUUAUUCCAUUUCAGCCUCUUUGAUUGUUUUCUUAAGUAAUUAAGUUUGUUGGUGAGGAAGAUAUAAAAUGUUAGGUUGAGCAUGAUGUAGUUUGCAUAUUUUGAGGCAAUUACUUGCAUAUAUUGCCAUAAUGCCUUAAAAUAUGAUUAUUACAUGAAUCAGGUCCUAAUUUUGUUAUAAUUUCUUGUUUAUGUACUUAUUGCAAUUAUUUUUGUGAUGCAAAUCGUGAAUAUAAAUUUAUAUAAUGCUA